UUCCUGGAAGGUCGUGUCACGUGGAACCUCUUAAUCUCAGCAUCCAGAGCUCCAGGAAGGGAAAAUUUCAAGUCAGAUAGAAUUCUAUAUAUACCAUUUCUUUGGAACCUUCAGCCUCCAGAUUCCAACAUCAUGACCUCAGUUUCAACACAGUUGUCCUUAGUCCUCAUGUCACUGCUUUUGGUGCUGCCUGUUGUGGAAGCAGUAGAAGCCGGUGAUGCAAUCGCCCUUUUAUUAGGUGUGGUUCUCAGCAUUACAGGCAUUUGUGCCUGCUUGGGGGUAUAUGCACGAAAAAGAAAUGGACAAAUGUGACUUUGAAAGGCCUACUGAGUCAAACCUCACCUUGAAAACCUUUGUGCUAUAGAGGCUAAACCUGAGCUCUGGUGUGUGAAAGGUUCCAAGAAUCAGUAAAUAAGGGAGUUUCACAUUUUUCAUUGUUUCCAUGAAAUGGGAACAAACAUACAUUUAUAAAUGGAAAAAAAAAAUGUUUUCUUUCCAACAAAUAAUGCACAGAAAAAUGCAGCCUAUAAUUUGCUAGUUAGAAAGGAGGUCAAAGAAGUAAAAUGGCUGAAAUUUACAUAAGUAAUAUUUCAUAAUCUUAGAAUUCUCUCAAAGCAUGUGAAAUAGGAAGAAGGAAGUUCUUGCCCAGAAUCUUAGGAAAUCACCACUCUUUGGUUAUAAUCACUGCCUCCUGAAUCGUGGAGGAGACUUUUCUCCUUUUUUUUAUUAGAUUUUUUUUUUGUUGUUGUCUCCCAAGUUAAUAUUAUAUUUAGGUAUCAGAGAGUCAGCCAAAAAGGAAAACUUUUAUCUCUGGGGAAAAAAACAUUUAGAAAAGUGUAUUCAGUGUAUCUAAUACUGAAAUGCAGAAAAAAAUCUAAUGUUAAAAAAAAAAAAAA